AACCCUGCUGCCCGUAUGUCCCCUCGCUUUGCUUGGCGUGCGUUCUGUGCAAUUAGACCUGCGAGCAUGUAUAUCUCUAGGAUCCAAGACACGGGCCAUUGGGAAUGCAGCAAAGAGCCAGAUUGUUACAAAUGUAAAAAUACAUUGCAUGGCUUCAAAAAGCUGCAUGGAAGAGCAUUUGAAGAUCCUUACAUACAAGCUGAAAGGGUCAAACUUCCUUAUGAACUUCAGAAGAUGCCGAAUGGCUCUGUAGGAGUAAAGGUGAGAUACCUGGAUGAAGAGAGACUGUUUGCAGUGGAACAAAUUACAGGAAUGUUACUGGCCAAACUUAAAGAGACCUCAGAAAGUGCUCUGAAGAAACCAGUGGCAGACUGUGUUAUUUCAGUACCAAGUUUUUUCACUGACACGGAGAGAAGGUCUGUAAUGGCAGCUGCUCAGAUUGCAGGAUUAAAUUGUCUGAAGCUAAUGAAUGAAACUACAGCAGUUGCACUAGCCUAUGGGAUAUACAAGCAAGAUCUACCGGCCUUGGAAGAGAAGCCAAGGAAUGUGGUCUUUGUAGACAUGGGCCAUUCUGCGUAUCAGGUUUCAAUCUGUGCUUUUAACAAGGGAAAACUGAAGGUCUUAGCUGCUACCUUUGACCCUUUCUUAGGUGGCAGGAAUUUUGAUGAGGCUUUGGUAGACUACUUCUCUGAGGAAUUUAGGACAAAAUACAAACUGAAUGUAAAAGAGAAUCCCCGAGCACUGCUCAGAUUGUAUCAGGAAUGUGAAAAACUAAAGAAGCUUAUGAGUGCAAAUGCUUCUGACCUUCCGCUGAAUAUAGAAUGCUUCAUGAAUGACCUCGAUGUCUCCAGUAAGAUGAACAGAGCUCAGUUUGAGCAGUUGUGUGCUGCCCUUCUGUCCCGAGUGGAGCCUCCUCUAAGAGCAGCCAUGGAACAAGCUAGACUUCACCGUGAAGAUAUCUACAGUAUAGAAAUAGUUGGUGGGGCUACUAGAAUUCCAGCAGUGAAGGAACAGAUCUCUAACUUUUUCUGUAAAGAAAUAAGCACCACACUAAAUGCUGACGAAGCUGUUGCAAGAGGCUGUGCUUUGCAGUGUGCAAUUCUUUCCCCAGCUUUUAAAGUGCGGGAAUUUUCCAUCACUGAUGUUGUUCCAUAUUCCAUAACAUUGAGAUGGAAAUCGUCUUAUGAAGAAGGAACAGGGGAAUGUGAAGUCUUCUGUAAGAACCAUUCUGCUCCAUUCUCAAAAGUAAUUACUUUUCACAAGAAAGAGCCUUUCGACCUGGAAGCUUUCUACACCCAUCCACAUGAAGUGCCUUAUCCUGACUCCAGAAUAGGGCGUUUCACUAUUCAGAAUGUUGGUCCCCAGCACGAUGGCGACAACUCCAAAGUGAAAGUUAAAGUGCGUGUCAAUAUUCAUGGCCUUUUCAGUGUGGCCAAUGCUUCUAUCAUAGAAAGGCAGAACAUCGAGGGAGAUCACAGUGACGCACCGAUGGAUACUGAGUCAUCAAUUAAGAACCAAGGCAGAGAAGACGAGCUGGAUAAAAUGCAAGUUGAUCAAGAUGAAGGUGCUCAGAAAAAUCAAGCUGAACAGCAAAGCCAAGCAGACGAAGAAACCGAAAAUGCAGGAAUUGAAACAAAGGCUUCUUCUGGAGACAAGCAAGAUCAUCCAUCCCUGCCAAGGGCUAAAACAAAAGUCAAGAGUAUUGACCUACCUAUCCAGACAAGCCUCUAUAGGCAACUGGGACAAGAUCUUAUCAAUUGUUAUAUAGAAAAUGAGGGGAAAAUGAUGAUGCAAGACAAGCUUGAGAAAGAAAGGAAUGAUGCUAAGAAUGCCGUUGAAGAAUAUGUGUAUGACUUCAGAGACAAACUCUGUGGAGUCUUUGAGAAAUUCAUCACUGAAGAAGAUACAAACAAGCUGACCUUGAUGUUGGAAGAUACAGAAAACUGGCUUUAUGAAGAUGGAGAGGACCAGCCAAAGCAAGUGUACAUGGAUAAGCUUCAGGAGCUAAGAAAAUUUGGACAGCCUAUUCAGGAGAGAUACAUGGAACAUGAGGAGAGACCAAAAGUUUUAAAUGAACUGGGGAAGAAGAUUCAGCUCCUUAUGAAAGCAGUAGAAGCAUACAAAAAUAAGGAUGAAAAAUAUGAUCACCUAGAUCCUGCUGAGAUGGAAAAAGUUGAAAAAUACAUUAGUGAAGCUAUGAACUGGUUGAACACCAAAAUGAAUGCACAGAACAAGCUAAGCCUAACUCAAGAUCCCAUUGUCAAAGUGGCAGAAAUAAUGUCAAAAUCAAAGGAGUUGGAUAGCUUCUGUAAUCCCAUUAUAUACAAGCCCAAACCGAAGAUAGAACCUCCCAAUGAUGGGCAGUCAAAAGCUAAUGGUGAACAUAAUGGACCAGUGAAUGGACAGAGCAAUACUGAAACAGGACCUGAUCCAGCAAAGGACAAUUCUCAGCAGACCAAACCAUCUGGAGAAAUGGAAGUGGACUAAAUCCUGCAUUUCUGUUACUUAAAAUAGUGCACAGGGUCCAUUCUUUUGGUACACACCUCAUAUGUUCAGUUAUAGUUAGCCAACCUUCUGUCAUUUGUUGCUGAGUAGUUCUGGAAGUGUUUCAUAUUAAGUACACUCUGAUGUUCAUUUCCACUGAUGCUGCUUAUGUGGAGCUUUAGCCAAAUGUAGAUUGUAUAAGUCAGUUUAAGCUUUCCCAAUAUAUUUUAUAUCAAAACAUACAGAAUUGAUAUAUAAAUGGCAACAAUCUACCUUAUUUAAAGCUUUUAUUGUGGAUAAACCUCAGCUCCUUUAUUCAGGAAAGGAUACUGUAUUGCACUACUGAUGCUCAAGUGUAGAUCUAAUUGCAUCUUUAUUUUGGAAAAAUAUUGGAAUUGAAGUGGCAACACUUGUCACUUGAAGCACUGACCUUUUCUAGUUAUUGUAUUGUUAUAAUUUAAAUAUUAAAAUAGAGGUUAGUUGGCAUACUAGUCCAUCUUGUUGAUGUACCAUGAAAAUUGUAUGGUCUCUUUCAUAUAAACUAAUACAAGCAUAAACAUUUUUUUAGAUUCCCAUACCACUAACAAUCUUAGUUAGAAAAUAUCAGCGUAAUGGCUCUGCCAUUUGCUGAAAUUAAGUGAAUGGUCUCAUUGCACAUUGCUGUACAUAUAGGAUUAUGCUUAUAGGAUGAUGCUAAUGAUAAUAGUAUCAAGUGGUAGAAUAUACAAGGACUUACAUAGCUUUCCCUUGAAAAUGUCUUGCUGCACACGUUACCGUUUCCACUUGGUUCGUUUUGAAUGAAAUCUACACCUUGAUUGCAUAUCGUGCUGGGGAUGAGAAACAGCAGAAAUUGUGCUGUGUGAGCUGGAUAUUGGCCUAACGUUGAGGUUGCUUAAGUGCUGUCUGUUGCAAACUUGAAACAAAUACUAAGCGCUUAUUUAAGCCAUGGUACUUCGCAUAUAAUCCUUUUGAUCAAGGACUCUAAACAAAAGUAUGCAAACUGGAUAUUACUACUCUAAAGAUAAAAAUCUCCUUGAUGAAUUUGCAUAGCUUAUCAGUUAUCCUUGCUCAUUUACUUGAUCUAAUGGAAGUGUCUAUUACGUAUUAUACAGCUGAGUCACUAGUUUCUUUGGUCUAUCUUGGACAUCAUCAAGAUCCAGUGUACAUUCAUAUAUACUGAAUGCUUCAAGCCAGUCAUGGUGGUACUGUAGCACUUGUUAAAACAAGCCACUCUUCUUUUGCUUUAAAAACCUCUAUUACCAGAAUAGAAAUGGACUACUUUAUGGAAGGUAGUUUAUUACCCAAGUUAGCAUAACUGACUGAGAUGAGUUGCAGUGUAACACUUCAGUGACUUGAACUCUAUUGCAGAAAUGGAUGUAGCUGUUAAGGCAUCUCAUAUGAGCUUGUUGCUGCUGUAGACAAGCAAAGGUCAUGCUCUUGCUUGCAGUUCUGGCAGCCAUGUUAUUUUCAGCCAUGCCCUGAUAUUUUACCACUGCUCUCGGGUCUCUGAGUGAUACAAGUGACUGACCUCUAAACAGCUCCCCUAACAGCUGUGUGUAGUCUGGCACCUUUUGUUUACAUAUUUGAAGCCUCUCAACAAAAUUUGAGUGGUGUUGAACUGUAGCUGCUCUGCAAUCUCAGUCUUUAUUUCCUCUGCUAUAAUUCACCCAUCUUUGGCAUCAGAGUGACUGCAGUUCAGUGUCAGCUGUCCCUAGUGUAAGCCAUUACAUAACUGGGCAAGCUUUGGUCAUGUAGGUGUUAACAUUACGAAUAUCUUAAUGGCUUUAAUACAGUAAUGACUGGCGUUCUUAAGUACUGGCUUCCUGAAACCCAUCUAAAUGUUAUUUUGUCAAGUAGACUUGCUGAUACCUGGCAGGUGAAGAGCUUAGGCAGUGGGAAUCUCCAGUGUGAGCUCUCCAAUAACGAGAUGGAAAUGUCAUAUAUAAGAAAAAGAAUCUUUAUUAUGCUCUUAAUGGUUAAAUGUUCAAUAUGGUAUUACAGGUGGUACUGGUGGUGGAAACCUUUAAGCAUGAAGGACAGAGUAAUUUUAAGCUGCUUAGUGUCUCAAGCUUAAAAGCAGGCAUAGUAAAGAGAGUCUCAGUAAGGUUUUCGUACAAAAAUAGUGAUGUUUUUUGCUGUGCAUCUGCUCUGUCUCUAGAUCCCUGUGGACCUCUGCUUGCACUCAGCAAUUAGCAACUGGUUGCUGGUCACAAAAUAGACGUUACAAAUCCCAUUUGUAAGGGGAAAUUUGUUCUUAUUACAAUGAAGGUAAAAUUAGCAUAUUAACAUAUGACUUGUUAAUGAGUAAUCUGUUUUCUGGUACAAAGAGGAAAGCUUUACAAGAACACAGACAUAGGAUUCUCAACUACUUGAACCAUGCACAACUUGAACAAGAGGUUUUGCACACUGGACUCUACUGAGUUACCUUGUGGCCACCCUGGUGGGCAGCUCCAGAAUGAGUAUCUUCCAGUAUAACACAAAUAACUGUGGUGACUGACAGUAGCACGCUACCUUGCAUCUUUUUUCAUACUUACUAAUCUUUUGAGGGGAAAAAAUAUCUAAUGUUUGAAGAGGUUCCCUCCAUCUCAUAAGAAAAAAAACAAAAACAGGAAGCAACACUAUAAUGCUUUUGUUUGAGUGGAAAAAAAAAAUGAGUCUACGACUUCACAUAAAAAUUCAGUUACAAAAGAGCAGAACUAUUUCCUUGUAUUUUACUAGUAAGACCUUUUUUUCUUGAACAAGCACCAGUUCUAUUCCUCCUUGAGCAUUAAUGCCCUUGCUUAACAAAUAGCUUUAACUUGCUACUAGCUAUUUUAAAACUGCUUCAUGGCUUCAUUUUCACACUUUUUAUCAACAUUUUUUACUUUGGGCUUUUACUGGCAAUUCAUGUACAUGUGUAACACAGUUUUUUAACCGUCACUUAAGUUUAUGUAUUUUUUUUAAUCUGACAAAGGAGUUUUAAUGAGGUACACCUGUCUUGCUUGUUUAGUUACUGAUUUGGCUAUGGAUGUCUGACAUUGAACGAAGAAUCUUCUCCUUUCUUUGCAUUUGGUUGUGCCCUCCUACUGUUAAAAAGCUGCCUUUGGAAUAUACUUGCAAAACAUCAGUAGGCAGUUGGAUAAAAAUCCUGCAAGCCCUUUGUGUGAAACACAUAAUGCAUGUUAGAGCUGGGACUUCACAGGCGGGUAGAGGCAUGUUCACACCUUGUCUGGAGGGGCUGCACUGAGGGGCAGCUGCUGUUGCUGACCUGUUCCUUCUGAAGUGGUGUACACUGACACCAUGCAGAUGCCUUCAGAGGGUACCUUUGAUGACCUUGCUUUAAGGACAUAGUACAAAGGUUUCAUUUGUUCUACUUAAAAGUGAAAGCUCAAUCUAAGCAUCCAAACUGUCAGCUGCCUUUAUAUCUGCAGUAUUUGAAAUUAUUUCAUUUUUUGAAAUAUCUCAAUAUGUUGAAUUCCCAUUUCUGCUAUAGCUUCUUCCUGUUUAAUAAGUUUUCUCAAAUAUUCCAUGGUUGGUUUUCUUUUUUUUUGCGGUGAGAAGUAAGUUUAAGCAUAAUCUUAUGGUACAGGCUAAGAAAUAGAGACUUUUUUCCUAGGUCUUUCUUGACAUAGGUAUUACUAAGUAGUUAACAGCUUAAAAAAAGAAGUCUUCAUUAUUCUUAGUACUCUGGUUGUCCGUUCAUUCUGAUUACCUGAUGCCAGUUCUCAAAAACACAAAGCCAUGUUACAGGUAUGCUGCAUUUGCUGGUUAGGAGUACCUCCCUUGUUACAGGAAGAGAAGCUCAUUGCAGUUCCUGUAGAGAAGUUUCAGCGUGACCCUCAUCCUCCAAAGCAGGGCUUUGAUUGUUGUGUUACUACACUGUAAUACUUCAAUGGGCUGAUACAGAAGCCCACCUGAACUGAACUCUAGAUGACCAAACUUGAGGUAUGAAUCAAUACAGUAUCUAGAAAUGCUUACAUUACCUGCUGCCGUCUACAAGUUUUCUUGAAACUGGAUGAAAGAAUAUCAUUUCACUACUUCUCUCAUUAUCCUAUAUUUUCUAGCCUUUGAAGCACGAGAAAACACAGGUAGGAAAAACUGCACUGCUUUACAAAAGCCAUUGACAGCCUUGUAAAUUUUCAUUUCAACUCCACUAUAGUAUUUGGAGUGGAAAUAAAAAUUGUUAACACACUAGAAAUUGUGUGCUAGCUGACUCCUACAUGCAUUCUUAGUUACCACAGUUGAACUUGAGGAUAUUAACCACCGACUGUACAUGUAAGUAACAAGUGAAUACAACAGGACAGUUGGUGCUACAGCAGAAAUUUGCUCGUGUGACUUACAUGACCAUUGUUAAACCCCAUUUUUGUCUUCCUUAUGAGAGGAAAACACAUGAAACAGUGAAAAUCGGGAAUCACUGCAACAUAAUACACGAGGAGUAAUUUAAAUAAAAUGCAAUUCAGAGCUGUGCCCACCGGCCACCCUUAGGGAGUGCUAAAAUGGUUUAGUUAGUUGAAAAGGAGUUAGUUACUGAAUGUUGCAUAAUGGGAAAAGUUUGUUUACAUAUUCUGAACAUAUUUCCACAGGAUGGGGGGGAGAGAUGGGGAUGUUAGAAUUAAAGGCAGUGUUAAGUAUGCAAAAUGUUUACUAUGUAUGUAAAUGGGAUCCUGAUUAGUGACAGAUCAUGUGCAAAUUGACAAUACUCAAUUUAUUUUUGAACGGCAAUAUAGAUUGUCAAGGUUGUGUAUAAUGAUAAUAAAUAUAUAAAACGCUACUUGAACUAUAAA